CUCCUGGUUUCAGACCCGCUUUUGGAAGAAGGGCUCCGCUAGGCCUGAGUGUGUGGCCGGGUGAUGGGUACAGGUCCUUUCCGUCCAGUUCCCUGAGGACACGUGCGGGAAGAGGGAGCCGCGACCUGGGUCUCCUCCGCCUUUGGGCUCUCUGUGGCUUUUGUCCCCGAAGUCUGGGUGCACCGGGCGGCCCUGGAUCCGGCGCCCUCUCCUGGGUGGGGGUCUGCACGCGCCCUCCGCAGCGCGCUCCCCGCGGGGGCGCCCGCCCCUCUCCCCGCCCCCGGCCUGGGCCCGCCCCUGCGCCUGUGUCACGGCUGGGCCAGGGGCGGAGAGUGGCCGGGCGGGACAUCCGGCCUUGGUCCCUCACCGCACCCGCCCGCCGCCCGCUCCGGCACCGCAGCCCGGGAGCCGGCCACCCCAGCGCGCGCCGGGGCCGCCCCCCAGCCCCCCCCACCCCGGGCCUCUCCGGGCUGUGCGGACCCGAACCCUCGGCUCCCGCCCCCAGCACGAGCCCGCCUCCCAGACAGUCCGCGGAUCCGGCGGGCCCGCGCAGGCCCCCACUCCGGGAACACCAUGUUCCCCCGCCCCCUGACCCCGCUGGUGGCCCCAAAUGGCGCCGAGCCCCUGGGCCGGGCACUUAGGCGUGCUCCUCUGGGCAGGGCCCGGGCUGGGCCGGGAGGGCCGCCCCUGCUGCUGCCGUCCAUGCUGAUGUUCGCGGUGAUUGUGGCCUCCAGCGGGCUGCUGCUCAUGAUCGAGCGGGGCAUCCUGGCCGAGAUGAAGCCCCCUCCCCUGCACCCUCCCAGCCGCGAGGGCGCGGCCUGGCACGGCUCGGCCCCCGGGCCUAGGGGACUGUCCCUGGACGCCGGGGACUCGGACUUGCAAGUGCGGCAGGACGUCCGGAACCGGACCUUGCGGGCCGUGUGCGGACAGCCGGGCAUGCCCCGGGACCCCUGGGACCUGCCGGUGGGGCAGCGGCGCACCCUGCUGCGCCACAUCCUCGUGAGUGACCGCUACCGCUUCCUCUACUGCUACGUCCCCAAGGUGGCCUGCUCUAACUGGAAGCGGGUGCUGAAGGUGCUGGCGGGCGUCCUGGACAGCGUAGACAUCCGCCUCAAGAUGGACCACCGCAGUGACCUGGUGUUCCUGGCAGACCUGCGGCCCGAGGAGAUCCGCUACCGCCUUCAGCACUACUUCAAGUUCCUGUUUGUGCGGGACCCCUUGGAACGCCUCCUCUCUGCUUACCGCAACAAGUUUGGUGAGAUCCGAGAGUACCAGCAACGCUAUGGGGCCGAGAUUGUGAGGCGGUACAGGGCUGGAGCUGGGCCCAGCCCUGCAGGGGACGAUGUCACCUUCCCCGAGUUCCUGCGUUACUUGGUGGAAGAGGACCCCGAGCGCAUGAACGAGCACUGGAUGCCGGUGUACCACCUGUGUCAGCCUUGUGCGGUGCGCUACGACUUUGUGGGCUCCUAUGAGAGGCUGGAGGCCGACGCCAACCAGGUGCUGGAGUGGGUGCGGGCACCAGCGCAUGUCCGAUUCCCUGCCCGCCAGGCCUGGUACCGUCCGGCCAGCCCUGAGAGCCUGCACUACCACCUGUGCAGUACCCCACGGGCCCUGCUGCAGGAUGUGCUGCCCAAGUACAUCCUGGACUUCUCCCUCUUUGCCUACCCACUGCCUAAUGUCACCAGGGAGGCCUGUCACCAGUGACCAUGGGUAUGGGGCCAGCAGCUGUUGGGGACUGGCUUGAACAAUGCCAGCUUCUUGUGCUUCUGCCUGCUGUUCAGAGACACUCUAGUUCUGGGACUUGGGGGCUUCUCCAGAUGCCCAGAUGGCGGGGACUGACUCCAGAAGCUCCUUGCCCAGAGUGGAUGUGGUAUCCACAGAGGCUCAGACUACAGGAUUGGACAAGAAGGCUGGUGCUCCCCAUUGGGGAUAUCUCUGGGGGUCUUGUGAGAUCCUGCUUGCCCUGGCAGGGCCAGACACCAGUUUACCAGGGAAGCAAUCCAUCUGAUCUGAAGACUGGCUCAGGACUUGUGCAGUCCACCUGGAUGACCUUAAUUUAACCUGUGGCCAAACCCAGAGGUGGCACCAAUCAGGAGCACAUUUAUCCACCCCACUUGUGUUCGGGCUGGGGUAAGCAGUAGUGCCUUAAAAACGCCUUUUGUGCCUUUCUGCUGCAGACCCAAAAUUUCCUACUCUUGCCAAGUUAUUUCUGUUUUUUCCAAGGAAAGGAGAACUGAGGCAGGGCCCUUGCCUGGUAGCUCCAGGACCCAGCCCUUCAGACAUCCAAAGACCUCUGUGCCCAGCCUCUUCCCAGGGUUCUGGGAGCCUCCUCCCUAACCACCCCUCUACCCCCACCAAGACUUGGAGGUUGUGACUGUGACUGGGGUACCUCGCAGCCACUUUGCUGAUGCAUUUAUUUAAAUUUUGUACUUUUUGGUAGAACCCUAUGAGGGCUUUGUUUUCCUUCAAUCUGAAUUUUUAAUAAAGUUGUUUUGUAUACAAA